AUUGAACUUGAUUAAUUUACUAAAUUAAGAGGAAGCAUGUUUUAGCCAAAAUUGCACCACAUACCAACAGUUUUUGUUUUCUAUCUGCUGGGUUUUUGACCUCCCCCCUGAAGUCCCUAAAGAGGGUCAAACGACCCUGAUACCAAACUAACGACUCUGAUGGCUCAAAUUAGGAUCCCUUCUUCAAUUGUAAAUGUGGCCGUUGACCGUCAGGCCAGAAGGUAGGAGUGGAAAAUCAUACAAAAAGUGUAAACAGAAGAGAUCUGGAAGACUUUGCACAUGUAAAUUUGCAUGCAGCCUUUUGUGCUGUGGAGUAUAAAUAAGGGACUGCUUCACCUAUUUAGUUCACAAGAAACAAAAUGCAGACGAGGUGCACCACUCAGAAGGCAUUGGAACUGAUUCAGAGCAGUGCCAGCCCUUGGGAUUCAGAUGGAGAAGACAUAGACCUUCAACCGGAUUCGGACUCUGAGCUGUCUUCAGAUGAGGAGACUCUCCCUCCACCACAAAAGAGAGCUCGUUUGGGGAGUGAGCCGUCACAGACCGCGAAAGAUGGCACAGUGUGGCGUGAAGAACAAGUGGGGACACAUCUCGAUUUCACUCCAAUAGAACCGUACGCCACAGAUGGAGAGCCAAGCGCUGAGGCCAGACGAAGUAUCCAGAGUCGCCUUCAGAGCUUCCUCUGUUUUAUCACUCUUGACAUGCUUCGUAGCAUUCAAGAAUGGACAACUCAACAUGCACGUCAGGAGCAGCAGGAUUGGUUCAUGGAUCUCCCGGAACUAAUGGCAUUUAUUUCCGUCGUCAUCUUGCGGGGGGUGAACAAGGUUCCAUCGCUAUGUGACAGCUGGUCAGCAAACCUGGGAAACCCAAGGAUCAUUGCAACUAUGGCCCGAAGCCGCUUCCAAAACAUCAUGCGACACCUACGCUUUGAUGACAUGCUUACACGCAGUGAGCGAGCGGAGACCGAUAAGUUUGCUGCAAUCUCCGAUGUUUGGGGAUCGUUUGUCACCAACUGCAUCGCAUCCUACAACCCCGGUCGACACAUCACUAUUGAUGCACAGCUUUAUCCAUCAAAGACUCGCUGCUGUUUCCUGCAAUACAUUGCAACAAAACCGGACAAGUUUGGCAUCAAGUUUUGGGUGGCUUGCGACUUGAAAUCACAGUACAUCUGUAAUGCCUUCCCAUAUCUUGGCAAGGACCCCAAUCGUCCCAGCGGGGAGAGACUGUCUGAAACUGUAGUGAUGAGGCUGAUGGAACCGUUCAUGGACAAGGGCAGAACUGUAACCACGGACAAUUUCUUUACAUCACUGUCACUUGCACAACGACUGCUUAGCCGGAAAACCACUAUCCUCGGCACAGUCAACGAGAGAAGCCGGGAAAUUCCUCAAUCCGCUAGGCAGAUGGAUCGCACUGAAUUCACCACUCAGGUGUUUUCAACCACUGGUGCCACGCUGACGGUGUAUGCGCCCAAAAGGAAGAAGGCUGUUUACGUUCUCAGCAGCAUGCACAGCGUGGUUGAGACUGAGGAUACCACCAAAAGGAAGCCAAACACGGAGAGACGGGUGGACUUCCUGGUGGAGCUCGCAAAAGAGUUGGCUAACUCUCAUUUCACAAGAAACAAAAUGCAGACGAGGUGCACCACUCAGGAGGCAUUGGAACUGAUUCAGAGCAGUGCCAGCCCUUGGGAUUCAGAUGGAGAAGACAUAGACCUUCAACCGGAUUCGGACUCUGAGCUGUCUUCAGAUGAGGAGACUCUCCCUCCACCACAAAAGAGAGCUCAUUUGGGGAGUGAGCCGUCACAGACCGCGAAAGAUGGCACAGUGUGGCGUGAAGAACAAGUGGGGACACAUCUCGAUUUCACUCCAAUAGAACCGUACGCCACAGAUGGAGAGCCAAGCGCUGAGGCCAGACGAAGUAUCCAGAGUCGCCUUCAGAGCUUCCUCUGUUUUAUCACUCUUGACAUGCUUCGUAGCAUUCAAGAAUGGACAACUCAACAUGCACGUCAGGAGCAGCAGGAUUGGUUCAUGGAUCUCCCGGAACUAAUGGCAUUUAUUUCCGUCGUCAUCUUGCGGGGGGUGAACAAGGUUCCAUCGCUAUGUGACAGCUGGUCAGCAAACCUGGGAAACCCAAGGAUCAUUGCAACUAUGGCCCGAAGCCGCUUCCAAAACAUAAUGCGACACCUACGCUUUGAUGACAUGCUUACACGCAGUGAGCGAGCGGAGACCGAUAAGUUUGCUGCAAUCUCCGAUGUUUGGGGAUCGUUUGUCACCAACUGCAUCGCAUCCUACAACCCUGGUCGACACAUCACUAUUGAUGCACAGCUUUAUCCAUCAAAGGCUCGCUGCUGUUUCCUGCAAUACAUUGCAACAAAACCGGACAAGUUUGGCAUCAAGUUUUGGGUGGCUUGCGACUUGAAAUCACAGUACAUCUGUAAUGCCUUCCCAUAUCUUGGCAAGGACCCCAAUCGUCCCAGCGGGGAGAGACUGUCCGAACUGUAG